CAAUCGCAGGCUUUGCUGUUCAGCAAAGUCAAGCUAACCAACAAUACGCUGGACAACAAUGGACAUAUUGUCUUGGCCAGCAUGCACAAGUAUCAGCCACGACUGCAUGUGAUUCGCACAGCCGAUCUGACCCAGAUACCCUGGGCCCCGCAGSAGGCCUUCGUUUUCCCCGAAACAGAGUUUAUAGCUGUCACAGCGUAUCAGAACGAUCGCAUCACAAAGCUCAAAAUCGACAACAAUCCCUUUGCCAAGGGCUUCCGCGAGACGGGCCAGUCACGCUGCAAGCGCAAGCUUAACGAGUCCACCUCUGCCCCCGCGCAUGCAGAGGGUACGGGAACCGUCAACAACAUGGAGCUCACAGCCUCGCCGUCGGCCAAACGGCUGCGUCUUCCCGAAGAGCUCUCUUUGCUGGCUCCACAGCAACAGCAGCCAGCGAGCGGACUGCUGAUGCCGCGCCAUUAUCUGCUGGAUACUCUGGAGGCCAAUUUCUAUCUGUCAGCGCCACCGCCGCCCCUGCCGUGCAUUGAUUAUGCCAGACACAUCGCCAGCUAUCCAAGUUGGGCCUAUUCGCCGCCAUCGCCCGAUUCGUCGCGUGCCUCCUCCUCCUCKUCUGGCUGCGAUUCCGCCGCCGAGCCAGAGACCGAUACCUUUGUAGAUGUGGUGGGCACCACGACAAGCGCACCAGAGCCCGACUUGGAAUCCGAAUCGAUUAGCCGAAUCACUGGUAUGGCCAACGUAGCUGUUGCCGCUGCUGCUGCUGCCGCCGUUGCUGUCGCUGCGGUGCCGAAGCCCAAACGGAGCAGCUUCAGCAUCUUGGACAUAUUAGGAGUGAGCGUCUCGUCUUAGCUGUGGAGCUGCUGCCGCUGCUCCCAUUUCAGUUGUUCAGCUGUAUAGUUGUCGCUCCUAAGUGCCUUAUACAUUUAAUUAGCGUUUAGUUGCGUAGUCCGUAGGUCGUAUUGUGAUAUUUUGCAGUUAAUUAAGAUUUCCAGGUAUUUGCCAUCAGUAUUUAUCCUAAGUAUUUAUUAUGCAAUUUUAAUUGUUUAAAUGAUUUCGUAAUGGAUUUAUUGUCUUUGGCAUUUUAAUGCGAGUAAAUAAAGAU